AAGCGAGCGGAUUCUAAUGAAAUUAACGAACGUACAGGGAUCCACUCCACUUUAAUACAGAAAAAUGGCCGGUACCACUUGGACUGAAGACGAAAUUGGACGAAUAUGGGAUCGAUGUCUCACAGAUACACUUUUUAAACUUGGAGGAGGAGCUUUCCUUGGUGGUGUAUUCUGCCUGUUUUUCUAUAGACGAAGAAAAUGGCCCAUCAUAGCUGGAGGAGGUAUUGGCUUAGGUAUGGGAUUAUCUAAUUGUCAACAAGAUUUGAAUUCAAUGAUAAGGCCAAAAACAUCCAGAGACUGUAGCAAGGUUUCCAAAGAUGAAGCAAAGAAGAGUUCUUAGCAAGUUUUAUUAGCAAAAAUGAUGCUGUUACAGAACACCACAUAAUACACUAAUAAACUAGUUGAAUUUAUAUUAUAGUGUUAUAUAAAAUAAAAUCUUAAUGAAUUUAAGUUAUACUCGAUUUACAAAGAAUAAA